UAUCAUUUUAACCCCAUCGUUCACAAAAUCUAUGCUGCUAAAUUGUAGUCUCUGCGGCGCUUUUCUUCAUCGCCCGAUCAGAUCAAGCCAAGUCAACGCUUACGCAAACUCCUCGACGGCACGGUCAAGCGCCGAGUCAGCCAUGGCAGCAGCACCCAACUCAGUCCGAGUCGCCGCCGCUCAGAUGACCUCCAUCAACGAUAUCGCCUCCAAUUUCUCCACUUGUUCUCGCCUCGUCAAAGAAGCGGUUUCAGCUGGGGCAAAAAUGAUUUGUUUGCCUGAAAAUUUCUCCUAUAUGGGUCAAAAGUCUGGGGAUAGUCUUUUGAUUGCAGAACCUUUAGAUGGACCAAUCAUGCAAAAAUACUGCUCUUUAGCAAGAGAAUGUGGCAUUUGGUUGUCCCUAGGAGGUUUCCAAGAGAAAGGACCUGAUGAUGCACGCCUGCGAAACACACAUGUUAUAAUUGAUGAUGCUGGCAACAUUAGAAGCACUUAUAGUAAGAUACACUUGUUUGAUGUGGAUGUUCCUGGAGGAGCAGUGUACAAGGAAAGCAGCUUUACUGAACCAGGGAAGGAUAUUGCUGCAGUAGACAGUCCUGUUGGACGUUUGGGAUUGACGGUCUGCUAUGACUUGAGAUUCCCAGAACUUUACCAGCAUUUACGGUUCCAUCACGACGCACAGGUCAUAUUGGUACCUUCAGCUUUCACCCCAGUUACUGGUCAGGCACAUUGGGAGGUCCUCCUUCGUGCUCGUGCGAUUGAGACUCAGUGCUACGUCAUUGCUUCUGCUCAAGCUGGAAAGCACAGCGAGAAAAGAGAAAGCUAUGGUGAGACACUAAUAAUCGAUCCAUGGGGCACUGUAGUUGGCCGGUUACCAGAUCAAUUAUCGACUGGGAUCACUGUAGCUGACAUUGAUUUCUCAUUGAUAGAUUCAGUGAGGGGAAAUAUGCCAAUUGCAAAGCAUCGGAAACCAUUUGACUUCUGGAGACCUACAACACCCUUAUGAUUAUCGAAGAUGAUCGCCUUUUGUUAUGGUUCACAUGUAAGUCAAAGCCACUUCAAAUCCCUAAUGCACUCAAAGGAAGGCAUGUUAGUUCAUUAAUGUCUUCAAUGAUUUCUCCAUGGUUUCAAAGGAUUCUUCUUGAACUCUCUUUCUUAUACUUUUCUUUUGGCACUAUAUCAUGGGGAUUCUUUUAUGUAAUAAACAUGUGAUAAAGAACACAAGUAUUAUGAAACCGA